AUGAAAGCCCUUGUAUACACCGGACCCGGGAAGAUCGAAGUCCUGGACCGGCCCAAACCAGCCCUCCAAGCACCAACUGACGCAGUAAUACGCCUCAUGCACGCCUCGAUCUGCGGGACAGAUCUCCAUAUCAUUAUGGGAGAUGUCCCGACAGCUCAACCAGGACUGGUGCUCGGUCACGAAGGCGUAGGUAUAGUGGAGGAAGUGGGCUCGGCAGUGCACAACUUUGAGGUUGGACAACGCGUCGUUAUAUCCUGUAUGACUUCUUGUGGAGCCUGCAAGCGGUGUCGGCAAGGCAUCCCGGCGCACUGCCAGACCGGUGGCUGGGUAUUGGGACAUCAUAUCGAUGGAACGCAGGCGGAGUAUGUCCGGGUGCCGCACGCGACACUUUCGCUGCACGCAUUGCCUGAUCUGAUCGAUCCACGGGCCGCAGUGGCCUUGUCCGAUGCUCUGCCGACGGGAUUGGAGGUGGGCGUGCUUGGUGCGAACGUGCAGCCGGGUGGAUCGGUGGUGAUUAUCGGGGCAGGACCGGUGGGAAUUGCGGCGCUUUUAACGGCAAAGCUUUAUACACCAGCGUUGAUUGUGAUGGUCGAUCGCGAUGAGGCGCGACUAGCUACCGCGCGGGAGCUCGGGGCGGAGACGGUUCAGGCGGAUGAGGAGGGGGCACGCGAGAAGCUACUCAGUCUGACGGAGGAUCAGGGGUUCGACUCGGUAAUUGAAGCGGUCGGAAUCCCUCAAACCUUUGCAUUGGCCCAGGAAUUGGUGGGGAUAGGCGGGCGCAUUGCCAACGUGGGCGUCCACGGUAAACAGGCGGCUCUCAACUUGGACCGGCUUUGGGAUCGGAAUAUCACAGGCAUCCACAUGUCGCUUGUGAACGCGACAACCACCGGGAAAUUGUUAACGUUGGUGGCCACGAAUCAAUUGGAGAUUUCUCGUUUGGUCACGCACAACUUCCCCAUUUCCAACGGCACAGCUGCGUUUGACACCUUUAGGAAUGCUGCUCAACAUCGCGCACUCAAAGUGGCCAUUGACUUUUGA